AUGUUUCCAUUUCAGGAAGUUGUCUUGGGUCUAACUGAUAGGUCACGUUUAUUUAUUAAUAAUUUGGUGGUAGCUACCAAUAUUACAUCCUUUGCAAUAUAUGAUGACUUCCUACUUCUAACUACCCACUCUCACACCUGUAGAUGUGUAUCCCUAAGAGAAACGUCGCCGAAAGCACUGGAAGCAGUCCUGGGCAACACAUCUAGCUCAAAUGAUGAAACCAUUAGAAAAGUAGAAAGAGGAUCUCGAAUUGUUACUGUAGUUCCACAGGAUACCAAAGUCAUUCUACAGAUGCCACGUGGAAACUUAGAAACUAUUCACCACAGAGCUCUUGUCCUUGCACAAAUACGGAAGUGGUUGGAUAGUUUGCACUUCAAAGAUUCUUUUGAAUGUAUGAGAAAACUGAGAAUCAACCUAAACUUAAUAUAUGACCACAAUCCGAAGGUUUUUCUGGACAACGUGGAUAUAUUUGUUAACCAGAUUGACUCUGUAAAUUAUAUCAACUUGUUUCUUACUGAAUUAAAAGAAGAAGAUGUGACAAAGACUAUGUAUCCCAGUCAUACACCUUCAUCCUCUCCAACUUCUCAGACAUCAAGAGCUAAAAAAGUUGAUAUCGUAUGUGAUGCCCUCAGAGAGGCCAUGGAGAAACUCAGUCCUCAGAAAUACUUCCUAUCAAUCCUCACGUCUUAUGUCCGUAAAACUGUCCCAGAAUUGGAAAUCGCUCUUCAAAAAGUUCAUGAACUCAGAGAGAAUCCAUCUUCUCAUGAAGAUGUCAGUGCAGAGGAAGCACUAAAAUACCUGCUUUUUCUUGUGGAUGUCAAUGAGCUUUAUGAUCACUCCCUUGGAACAUAUGACUUUGAUUUGGUCAUCAUGGUGGCAGAGAAGUCGCAGAAGGACCCUAAAGAGUACCUUCCUUUUCUAAACUCCCUGAAGAAGAUGGAGUCGAAUUACCAAAGAUACACUAUAGAUAAGCACCUUAAAAGAUACAAGAAAGCUCUGGAACAUCUCAGUAAAUGUGGCCCAGAACAUUUUGUUGAAUUUUUGAACUUGGUUAAAGAUCAGAAUCUAUACACUGAAGCCUUGAAACUCUAUCCAGCUGGAUCUAUUGAAUAUAAGUCUAUCAAUGAUGCAUAUGGGGAUUAUUUAUUUUCAAAACGUCAGUAUGAACAAGCUGGUCUCAUCUUUGCUCGCUGUGGAAGUUUGGAGAAGGCUCUUGAUUCUUUUGUUGCAUGUAGUGGCUGGCAGCAGAUACUGUGCAUAGCCUCCCAGCUGCAGUACGCACAGGACAAAAUGGCCUCUCUAGCUCGGAGUGUGGCAGGCAAACUGGUAGAGCAGAGGAAGCAUGAAAUUGCAGCAUUACUUCUGGAACAAUAUGCUGAGGAUUAUGAAGAAGCCAUUCUAUUGCUGUUGGAAGGAGCAUUCUGGGAAGAGGCCUUGCGACUGAUACACAAAUACAAACGUAUUGAUAUAAUAGAAACAAAUGUGAAGCCUGCAAUAACUGAAGCUCAGAAGAGUCACAUGAUAUUCCUGGAUAGCCAGAAAACAACAUUCGCUCGACACAAACAACGCCUGUCUGUUGUACGAGAACUGAAGGAGAAAGCUCGACAAGGCUUGUUGGACGAUGAGAUCCCUGGAGGUCCAGAAUCAGAUCUGUUUUCUGACACAAGCAGCAUCAUGACUACAAGUGACAUGAGUGGAAAAUAUUCUCACAGUAAUUCCAGAAUCUCCUCAAGAACUUCCAAGAAUCGUCGAAAAGCAGAGCGCAAGAAGCACAGCCUAAAAGAAGGAAGUCCCCUAGAAGAUGUGGCUUUAGUAGAGGCACUUGGAGAAAUUCUGCACACAGUGGAUAAAAUGAAAACCGAGGUGAACUGUCUCCUGAAAGUGCUUGUCCUCUUUGGUUAUGAUACUGAAGCCAGACAACUUCAAAAAGCAUAUCAUGAAUUCCUGCAGUUGAUAGAGAUAUCAAUACCUGAAAUCUGGAUUCCUAAUGGCCAGUCAAAUGCAGCAACGCCGGUCCUAGGUCCUCAUUCAACUGCUAAUAGUAUAAUGACUUCAUAUCAGCACCAGAGAAAUAUAAAGUCAACAGAACAAGGUAAGAGACUAUUUUUUGUGUUGUACUUAGUAGAUCCUUUUUAA